AUGGCUGUCAACAACUCUUAUCAAGCAGUUGAUGGCGAGUCCUCAAUGCGACUGAUCGGUCCUCGGGUUAUUAUAGUACAGGUUCUGAUUGCAAUCUUCCUGUAUAUCAACUUUCUGCUCAUUCUAACUUUUUCCAAGAAGGACUUCUUACACACAAAUAUGCGGUACAUAUUCUUUGCCAACACAUUACUGUCUGAUAGCUUGUUCUUAAUCUUGACCGAUGUCGUGCUCAUCUUGUCCUACUUUGGUAUUCCCAUGCAAAUGUGGCUGUGUCUCUUACUCUACAUAGCGUUGAGUGUAAAUACUUUUGUAACGCCACUUACACUAACAGCUAUGACCCUUGAGCGCUACGUGGCUAUUUGUAUGCCCCUACGCCAUGGAGAACUGUGCACCCCACACUUUGCUCUAUGCAGCAUCCUCAUUCUCCAUGCGAUCAGCUAUGUGCCGGGCUCUGUCAUCAUCUCCAAUUUUAUCGCUACAGCCAGCUCUCACGUCUACACCCAGGCCAAGGUGUGCUCUGUGGAGAUGUUUAUCCUUCAUAAAUGGCAGGGUCAUGUUAGGUCGGCUGUUCAUCAGUCUUACUUCCUCUUCAUGUCCAGCACCAUUGCUUUCUGCUAUAUCAAAAUAAUGAAAGUUGCCACAAAUGCAUCAGGAGAGAAUAAGAAGUCCUUGAGGAAGGGGGUUCAAACUGUGGUUCUCCAUGCUUUCCAGCUCUUGCUCUCUCUCGCACAGUUGUGGUGCCCAUUCAUAGAAAGUGCAGUCCUCCAGAUUGAUUUUGUGUUAUUCGUCAACGUGAGGUAUUUCAAUUACAUAGCUUUCAUUCUAUCUCCAAGAUGUCUGAGCCCUCUCAUUUAUGGCCUAAGGGAUGAAAAGUUUUUUCUUGCAUUAAAAUACUAUGCCCUCUUUGGUUUGUAUAGGAAUAAUUCUCCAGGUUUUGUACGGUGA